GUGGCUUCCCUCCGAUUUGGCCAGCUGGUGAAGAUAUGGCCGGAGCUAAAGAUUCAGGUUGCGAUGAUCAUCGCCGAAUUGCUGGUCAAUCGGACGGUGGAUGUGGCCCUGGAAAACGCGGGAACCAGGAGGAUGCCUCGUCUCCUGUCGAAGUAUCAUGCUCGAUUUGCCUCGAAUUGGUGGUCGACGAUGGUACCAGAUCCAAGGCUAAGCUCCAAUGUGGUCACGAAUUCCAUUUGGAUUGCAUUGGAUCGGCUUUUAACAUGAAAGGAUCCAUGCAAUGCCCCAACUGUCGGAAUGUCGAAAAGGGUCAGUGGUUCUAUGCAAACGGUUCUACUCGCCCCUUUCCAGAGUUUUCCAUGGAAGAUUGGAUCCCUGAAGAAGACUUGUAUGCUUUAACUUAUCCGGAAAUGCAAUAUCGGGUCCAUUGGUGCCCGUUUGGUGAACUCUCUCAAGCAGCUUCUUUCGAGGAACUGGAACCUGCAACCACUACAUAUCAUAAUGAGUUCCAUGGACACCACGCCGCUGCUGUGAAUCAUUCGUAUCUUGCAUAUGUUGGACCGGGCCCAGCUGCUACCCCGAGAACUAGCGACAACAACAGCACAGAUGAUCAUCCCUGGAACAGCCACUCUAACGAUCACUUUCACCAGCUUGCUGUUGCCCCCCAGUAUCAUCAUCAUUCCCCAUCGUUUUCACUACCCGGUGCUCAUGUGGUUGAUGGUGAAAUUGACUCUUCAGCAGCACGAGGCCUACCUUAUGCACACCCAUUUCUUUUUAGUAACCGGUCUAAUCAAAGGACCUCACCAGCAAUUAACAGUUACCAAGGAAGCAGCACCCAAAUGCGUGAACACCUUCAUACACAACAUCAUGCUUAUAAUCAUCAGAGGCAACAUCAUGCCAAUGGUCCCACUCUCGCACCACCUCUCAUCUCCAUGACAAGAAGGGGAUUACCACCGCCGCCACCACCACCAAUGCCAGAUCAGAACGUUGGAUUCUUCCUUUAUCCAGGUGGACACCAUGAACCAGAAACAGAUCAAAUUCAUGCUUGGGAGAGGGAUUGGUUUCCGCAUUUCCCUGUCCCGUCGAAUCACCGCACGAUCUCUAGCUUGUGGCACAGACACUUCUGAGAGAAGUUGUGUACUCUAAAGUCGCCUGGGAGAAUUCUAUCAGGCUUAAUGAUCAAUGUAUAAAAGAAAACUGGGGACUUGUUUGAUCGAUCAAAACUUGUUUAUGAUGUAACUAUAACUGGUUUCCAAUGUACAUUGUGAGCUUUCUAAGAACCGUUGUUAUAAUUGAUUAAACAGAAGAUUCCGAC